AUGUCACUCUUCUCCGGUGGUACUGCUGAACCCCGAUCGACCUCGGCCCACCAGGGAUCGCACCGCAACAAACGGCCAGAAGAUACUACCGCGUUCAGAAACGCUACUCCAUAUAUCAUGCAACUAUUCUUGAAUGAGAUUGAGAAACUAGAUGCUUCUGGAGAUGGGCAAACUGAUGAAGCCUAUGUCGAAAGCCUGGCUGAACUGAAACAUGCCGUCGAGCUGAUACGCAAGCCCAGAGGCGACAAACAUUUGGCAAGGUUAUAA